GGGGUUUCGAAGGUUGAAAAGACGCCGUGGGUUGAAGAGGGGAAUUCUGACCUGGGGUUUGGUUUCUUCUAGCUUCUUGGACUUGUUAGUGGUCCUCAAGCAGGGCAGGACAGGACAGGGUGGGGCUGGCCAGUACCAGCUGUGGGGUGGGUGGGCUCCAUUUAUGGGACUUGGGGUUCAUUACCGUCCCUGCUGACCUAUCGUGUCUUCCUUAUUCCAUUAGCCUUGCCGGGUCCACGGUGGCUGGUCAGCUGCGGCCAGGAAACCCCCGCGCGGGGCUCUGGUGACCUCGGGCCGGGCUUGAGCCGGGGGUCAUGUUUGUUCCCAGCCCGGGCUGGUGGCGAGGUGGCCCCCAGCUCGGCCCCCUCGGUGUAUGGGCCGGGCUUCGGGCUGCCUUGGCCCCAGCGGCGGUGUCUCGAACCCGUCCUGCUAGAUCCUACAGCUUAUUGGAGAGAAGCAGCUUGAGCGAGUCGACCAUCGCUCGCAAAACACCUCUUAAGGAAUGGACACUGAUUGUCAAUCCGUUCGGGAGGCUGCAGGCGCGGCUCCCGUGCGACAUCGCCGUGAGACCCCUAGACCCUUACCACUACCCGGACGCCGACCGGGUGUUGGUCACUGUGAGCAGCGUGGAAGGUGGCAGCCUGGACCUGGACAGUAUCCAUGUGAGAUACGACGAGACCCUGAAGCAGAUGGCCAUCAUCUCGGACAGCAUCGACCGCCAGGCCUCGGUGGAGGUGAAGGUCCCCUUGAAGUUCGAUUUGAAUAUCAGGACAUCAGGAACUGGCUGUGUAAAGGUCCAGGAAGCUGAAUGUGAUGAUUGUAGAAUAGAAACUGAACAAGGGAACAGCAUUGUGCAGUCAGUAAAGACUGUGACUGUAGACAAACUACAGGGAAGUUCUGUUAACAUAUCUACUGAAGAUGGUUUGCUGAAAGCUGAAUAUCUCUAUACAGAGUCAUCAUCCCUGUCUUCUGCUGCUGGGGAUAUUACAUUGGGAAGUAUUCAUGGUGAUUUAACAGUACACAGCAAAAUGGGUAACAUCACAAUAGAUUCAUUAAACGGUUACCUAAAAGCUUCAACACAUCAGGGUGCUGUAGAUGUUUAUGUCAGCCAAAUGGGGAAUGUGGACUUAAAAUCCCAUAAAGGUUCUAUUACAAUCAAAGUCCCAUCCUCUCUCAAAGCUCAUUUGCAGUUGUCAGGGAACAAAGUUGAUGUGAAUCCAGAAAUCACUUUACAAGAAAUUUCAGAAGUUCCAAAAGACAAUGGUAUAAUAAUCAAUGGUCACAUGAACCAAACCAGAGAAAGUAAAAAGUGGAUCAAGGCCAAUGCACCCAAUGGCAUUGUGUAUCUCAAAAGCCAAAGCUGGUUUCAGUCCCUCAAGCUGAAGGAUUCCUGAUUGUUUGAACUCUGAUAUAAAUAACAAUCAUUGAACAUCAUAUCAGUGAGAAAGUAUUGAUGCCCCUAGUCAUAGAAACGGUAGAAAUGUUAAUUUGGAAAUGAAUGCUGACUGAUGAAUGAUUUUCUAUGGUCCCACAUUUGUGUUUAGCUGCUAUGUGAUGUUUCCAGAUGAAUUACACUUCAGCAUCAGUUCAAGCUGUGAAUAAUAAUAUAUGUGACAGAAUUUGCAAAAAAAUAAUCACUGGCAAAAUGAAAGAGCAACUACAAGCAACAUUCAGCUAUUUUGUUGCCUGGUAUAUCAUUUAUAGAAGAUAUUCACUACAAUUUGAUAAUGAGGGAUAAAGUUGUUUUGUGAACUCCUUGCUUUCAAACCCUAAUUCUCUAUUCUUGGAAAAUUCAGUUUAUACAUAAACCAGGUAGACCUGUCCAUUAAAUUAUAUUUUUCACAAUUAAGAAAAAUCCAUUCUUUAUGAGGGAUCAUAAGAGGACCAUUUUAGUUUAUAAUAAAGUUUUAAAAAUAUUGUGACUUAGAAAAAUUUUCUUUUUUCCUUUAAAUUUUUACGUACAUCUGUCAUUUUAUACAUUUUGUUGUCUGUAAAAAAAAAAAAAAUUGCAUGUUAUUUCCCAGAUACAUUCACUGUAAACAUGUAUUCAUAGAAACAGAAUGUCCUCCAAUUUAGAAGACACUUGCAAUUAAGUUGGAGGAAACAGCGAGACAAUUUUCUUUUAACUACUCAUUCUUUCUCACUUAAGCAUGCACACAUUCUGCCUCCCAUAAAUAAAAAUAAAAUUAAUAAUACAGUUAGAUUAGAAGGAGGAGGAGUCAGGAGAGUCACAAACCCAAGAGGAGUAAUUUGUAUUCUCUAUACUUAAUAAGAUAUCAAAAGAAAAUACUAUUUUUCUUUUUGACUGAAGUCAGUAAGCCCUCAGUUGUCUUGUACUUGUACUUCUCACUGAAUUUUUAGAAUUAACUUUUUCUCUCUCUAAUGAGAAUGGGAUUCCUCUGCCCUGUAUCUUUUUUUUAAUACUCACUCAUUUCUCCUGCCAUUUCUAGAAUUAUGAGACCUGUCCUUUAUAGUGAAUACUAAGGACAAUUAUGGCCUCUUGUAGAGGGUCGGAACUAUGCACCAUGGUCGGGACUGCCCAGCGUUUGAGAGUAACUUCUGAUUGGACAAUACUCUAUGAGCAUAUGCUUGGAAAAUGGUGCUUUCCACUACCCGUACUGGUUCAAUGAUUGGUGUAUAGAGGAUUGUAGGAGGGACUGGGCAGGGAGGAGGAGAGCGUGGAGUAAAGCUAGCCAGGGACACACUCUUGGCAGUAGACGAGGGAGAAGGUGGUUGCAGAGAUUCUCUUCCAUCCCCUUCACUUCUACCCCUAAAGACCAAGAAUAAAGACGGACUUUUGCUUAUCCUGACUCCUGCUGAUUCUGGGGUGUCCUAGGUGCUAGCGUGUUCAUUACAGCCUCUCUUCCUCCACCAAAAAUUUGAUUAAUUCAGUGAGACUUCCCGUUCCAUUUCUUUAAGUAGUUUGAGUCUCCUUACUUUCAAGUUUCAUUGAUCAGGUGUUAAUAGUUUUCUAUGAAAACCAGUUCCCAUUUGUGCUGAAAACAUAUAAGAUUCAGAUUUUUAAAGCCAUUCUUUAGGUAGUCCUCACAUCUUCCAGAAAUCACCCCUUCUUAACACAUAACAUAGACAGUAUUACUACUAAAUUUCAGUAUAUAUGUAACCUUAUUAAUCACUGUGGUCAUUCUCAUUCUUGGGGUGGGCAGAGAAUUUUUGAAAAAGUUGCUAUAAAUAUUUUUGUACAUUUGUCCUUUACUUUCUUUGAGGUACAGAUCUAUCGCUUGGUCAAAGGUUAGGAACAGUUUUAUAGUUCUUUAGGCACAUUUUCAAAUUAUUCUCCACAAUAGCUGGACCAGUUCACUACUACACCAGUUCAUUAAUGUGUCUACUUUUCAUUUGUCAUUUUUGAUAGGUGUGAAGGUGGUACCUCCAAAUUGUUUCAACCUGCCUUUUUCUAAUCAGUAGUGAUUGAUUUAGAGUUUAUAUAUUUUGACAACUCAUCAAUUGGUUUUAUUUUUAUAAAUCUGACUCAGUUCUAUCCUCAAUAUACAUUUGAAAAAUGAAGAUUUUGUCAGAGAAACUUGCUGUAAAAUUUUUUGAUGCUGAAAUGAAAUAUAUAUUUGAUAUGAUAUAAAGUUACCUUUUAGCAAAAUGUAUUAGUGUUCAUUUAUUUUUCAGUUGUGUCCAACUCUUUGUGACCCCAUUUGGGAUUUUGAUUUGCCAUUUCCCCCUCCAGCUUUACUAUUAAGAAGGGGGGAAAAAAAGCGGAAAGUUGAGUAAAUUAAAAGUAUGUUAAGGGAGUUAUUACUCCUAAAGCAGAAUAAAAUGUACUAAGAGAGUAGAUUUUGAGGAGGGGCUUAAAAGAAAGGAAAAACCUCUUAUUGGGCUUUGAGUGAGAGAAAAAGAAUGUCAAAACAAAAGAAGCAUAUUAUACCAAACCUAAAGUUCUGAUUCCAAGACUUCUUUAGAAAAAGACAGGGAGAAACAAAGGGAAGGAAAAAUGUAAGAGAAUAAAAUAAGUGGAGCGAAAUAUAUGAUGACUGGUCAUAACCAUGAAUGUAAUGAACUCACUUAUAAAAUGGAAAAGAGUAGCAGAAUGGAUUAGAAAGCAAAAUCUAUAAUAUAUUGUAUAUAAGAAAUAUACAUUAAAUGGAAAGAAGCAUACAAUUAAAAUAUAGGACAAAAAUAAAAUAAUUAUAUUUCAAUUGAAGUUUUUAAAAAGUACAGUAAUCUCAGAAGAAACAAAUAGUUUUGAUUAAAAAAAUUUUGCUAAAAGGUAUCAGACACAAUCAAUUAAUAUCAAUAUAAAACAUAUAUGUACCAAAUGACAUAAUAUAUAAAUACUUGAAAGUUAAAUAUUGCUGAAAAAAAAACUCAAUUUUUUGAACAAAUAUAACCAAAAAAUAAAAAUAACCAAAUAGUAUGUUAGAAAAGCACAAUGUGCUAGAAUUAAAACCUAUUAAAUAAAAAAUAUAUACAUAUUUUAA